GUCUCCAAUCUGAAGGGGACAAGUUUUCUGCCACGCUCCUAUCACGAUGUUCUAUUGAGACUGGUUUCUAUGUUCAGAGUUAUAUGUGAGUACAUUCAUUUCUAUCUAUAUCUGAUCAAAUUGAUUAGUAUGCAUUUUUUACCCUUUGAUUUAUUUUUUUAUUUACCUGUUGCGGUAUGUCUUAUGAACUUGCAUCCUCGACUGUGCGGAGGAGUUGCUUAAUUUUUGUAGUUGUAAUAUUUGGUUAUUUCUUUUCAAUCGCUGAGGACAGGUUUGUGAAGGACUCAAUUAAGAGUGCCAUAAAGGAUCAAGAAGACAAUAGAGACGAAGAAUACCGAGCACGAGAAGAAGAAGAAGGGGGCGCUCAUCAAAUGAGGAAUUGAUUCUUUUGCCCCCAACAUAUCUUUGUAAAAGUCUAUUGUUUCAACUGUCAAACUUUAUUUGAUUAUUCAUCUAAUUAAAUUUUUUCUGGCUCACAAAAAGACUUGGAUGAAUACAAUCUUGGAUAAGUCCGCUGAUCAAUCCAGAUUCGUCAUCAAGAAAUAUGAACUCAAAUCUCCUAAAUCAUCUUCCAAUUUGUCUUCCCUGCAUACUUCUUCCCGACCAACAAAGAAAUCACCUAGAGCCGCCGUCUCUUGCGUAGCUCUGCUAGAGGAGAAGAGAGUGGCGAGAGGAGAGCUUGAGGAGAAGAGAGCUGUCAGAGGAGUUGCUUGCUGGAGCUUGAAGUUCUUCGCAAGCACCGCAGAAGCAGGACGAAGCAGGGACGGAGAUCGGAGAAGCCAGGCGAGAAGCAGGGAAGAAGAUCGAAGAAGCGCAGAAGUCCUAAAAAAAGACCGGCUGUACCGUGCGCACGGUACAGCCGGCUGUACGGUGUAUUUUACCUACUAAUGCCACCACGGCACCACCAUUCUCCAUCAAUAAUGCCUUUGAUGACAUCUUCAAAACAAAAUUUGCAUUUCCGAUUAAUAAUGUUAUCUUGAUGAUGAGGAGCGGCGAAGGGGAAACCUUAGCCGCCUCCUCUCCUUCCUCUCUCUUUGUUCAAUUUUUUUUUUUACUCCA